GGCUCAAACAGCUCGCGCGGCACUUUCCCCUGCACACAUGUGCAUGCCGAAAUGUGAGAUGUUUCUCUCACCUUGUUGUUUUUAUAUUUACAAGCACACGCCCAAAUGUGCUACCUGGCGUGUUCGUGUGUCCCGCAGAGGAGACAACAUGAGCGGAGUCACGUGUUUAGCAUAUCAAUAGAGUCCAGGGAUGUGCGAGAAUCGAUGUGAGCUUUCUGGUAGCUUUAGGCUCAACCCGACAUUCUGUAUUUAAGGAGCUUUGGCACGGCCUCACCGAGCUGACAUGAACAUCUUCACUAAGCUCCCAGGAUUAUCCCAACCAACCAGCAAGCUGGGGUCUGUACUCCAACGUGCCUUCUACGGGUCCAGUGGGAGGGUGACCCUUUAUGAGCAACGAAACUUUGCGGGCCGGCGUCUGGACCUGAGCUCGGACUGUUCCAGGAUCAGUGACAAAAACUUCCCUGAGAGAUGCAAUUCUGUGCAGGUGGAGAGCGGAGCAUGGAUUGGUUUCGAGCACGAGAACUUCCGAGGUCGCCAGUACCUGUGGGACAUGUCUGAUCACGGCAAGUACAGCUGCUAUGACAAGUGGUGUGCCCAGGUGGACCACAUCUCCUCCGUGCGAGCUGUCAAACAGGACAACAACCCUGCCAAAGCUCAGCUAUUCGAACGAGCCGGCUUCUCCGGGAAGAAGAUGGAAAUCCAGGAUGACGUUCCCAACCUGAUGAACCGCUACAGCCUCAACAGAUUAGCCUCCAUCCGUGUGCUGGGAGGAGCGUGGGUUGUGUAUCAAGAACCGAACUACAGAGGGUCUCAUUACGUCCUGGAGAAACGAGACUACAACAACUUCUCAGACUGGGGCAGCCAGAACAACACCGUUGGUUCUAUGAGAAGAGUCCGCUUCAACUAACUGUACAUUUUUAUUACAAAAUUGAGUCCAUCAUAAAGCACUUUCAUAAACAGAUUUCCUUU